CGCUUGAUAUACUCUAAUUCCAGAUUCUCCAUUGUCUCAUUUAUCUCUCUCCUUCUCUCUCCGGAAUACUCAUCCAGCUGCUAAGAUGCGUUACGAGAACUGGGAUGUGCUCUUGUUCCCUGAUACUUCGAAGAUACCGAUUCAGGAGUUCAAGACGCAGUGCUUUGUGACUAAGGAUCGUGAUUCUCCUUAUCUACACAACCCGUCCCUCGAUAUCCUCUCAUACUUGCCAUCACAGAGCACCGUAGGGUUGCUGCCAGUUCUCACGACGUUCAUUCCCAGCUUGCCACAUAACACCCCAUUUCGGGUGUCCAUCCAUAGCUGGGACAAGCCCCGCGCUAGCCGGUUGAUGGAAACCAUGUUGCAGCCGGAUGACUCCCUGCUCUUCGAGAUUCGGAUCUUCAUUGAUGGGUUAUGUGUUUCGGGCAGUGUUUUCAGCCAAAGAACGAGUUGGCCUCAUGUUAUCGAUAUCGAUAAAAGUGGCAAUCAGGAUCAUCUUCGCUUCCCGCCUUUUCAUUCGGAUAUCUUAGAGCAGCGGCAUUGGGACGCUGGGGAUCUUCAUGGUAGGGUCAGAAUCGUGAUCUCCGAAGGCUUCUCUCGGCCCCAUCGUUCGCCGCCGUUUGAACGAGUCAAGGAACUUAUAGUGUUUGCUUUCCAGCAUGCCCCUUUGCAUGUGUUGGAGUAUUCCAGUAUCGCCUGGCCCAACGCUUCCAUGUGGAGUCGGGAACCUCGUCUCUUCAAAUACAACACAGGGAGUGGCCUGGUUGAUAAGAAAGAGCUAGAUGAUUCUCACGCCCACUCCCCAACUAGACAUGGUCUUCGACAGGUGACCCUUGCAAACAGUCAAGCCAGCAGCUCGGCUGUCCGGAAUUCUUGGCCGUAUCGAGACUACUACUAUUCGAGCCUUGGUCCGGCUCCUCAAUGGCAAGGUAACCCGGCGGAACCUAGAAUAACGCCACCAGAAUCUUUCAUGCCCGACCCCUUCAUUGAUCCAUACAUGCUGGAUCCGUCCGCUCGUCAUCGGGGGGCAAGGCCCUCGUGGGAGGAUGUCUCCAUGCCAGAUUACGCUCCCAGCUCUGGCAGCAGCCGAGCAUUGUCCAGCAUGACUGGAGUCAGCUAUGAGCAUAGCAAAAAUGCCAGUCUUGUCACGCCGAUUGACGAGGAGUCGUACACUCAGUUUGUCGAGGCUCUGAGCCCUCCGAAGCCGCUGGCCAGUGGGACUCAUGCGCCGGCCAACACGCCAUCCGGCGCGUCGUUGCCCAUGGGAACCAAGCUAUCCGCCGCGGCAGAAGCACGCUCUGCAUCCUAUGCUAAGCCUAGUAAAGGUGUCUCUGUUUUGAAAAAGAUUUCAAAUCCCCCGAGCCGAGAGGUGUCCGAAUCUAGCGUCAAGUCCACCCUGCCGCCUGAAAUGGUGGCAGAAAAUCCAGCAACCGGUAAACCUCGCGCCAGCCCCAGUGCGCAGGUCAAGGGUAGAAAGGAGAGACUGCCACAAGAUAAGGAAAACGAGACUGCCGAAGCUGCCCGACGAGAUAUUGAUAGACUCACUCCUACCCCAGCUAAAGCGACGCUCGCGCGGACCAGCACAAAUCUGGAGGCCCCCGUUGACCCCAGGGUGAAACGGUCCGCGGGCUCUCGCCGUGGGAGCACUAGUAUUCCCAAGGGGGAGCCCGUUUUACUUUCACCUGUCCUGGAUCUAACCAGCAUUGGAGAUGUUGCCCAACCAGCCAUCGACAAUGGCGUGGGUUCGACGACUGAAGCUGCGGAGAUCGAAUGA